AUGAAGUUCUCGUAUACCCCCCUGCUCCUUGUUCUCUUUGCUGCUUUCGUAGCGGCUCUACCAGCUGUACCACGUAUGUCUGGUGAAGGUGGAGACCAAGACUGGAAGAGAGUAGCUGUCCCAGACGUCGUAGAGCGUAUGUCGGGAGAAGGAGGCGACCAAGACUGGAAGAGGCUGUCUGGCAAGGGUGGUGACCAAGACUGGAAGAGAAUGUCCGGAGAGGGUGGUGAUCAAGAUUGGAAGAGGAUGUCUGGAGAGGGCGGCGAUCAAGACUGGAAGAGAAUGUCGGGUGAGGGCGGUGAUCAAGACUGGAGACGCUUUUCGGGAGAGGGCGGUGAUCAGGACUGGAAGCGUAUGUCCGGGGAAGGUGGUGACCAGGACUGGAGGCGGAUGUCGGGUGAGGGUGGCGACCAAGACUGGUGA